CUGGCCGAGAAAGAGGAGGAAAGGCCUGGCGGGAACGGAGGCUUCCGGGUCGUGUUGCCCGGUAACCAACCUUCACUUCCGUUCUGGACCGGAAGUAGGCCUGCUCUUCCCCCCCUCUUUCUUUCCCCGCCUGUCCCUGUUCCCGGCUUCCCCUCCGGAGGAGGACAAUAGGCGGCGAUGGCGGCCGCUCCGGCUCCUUCCUCCGGGCGGCGGGUCUUGCCGGGUUUGCGGGCGCUCGUCCUCCUCCUCCUCCUGCCAUGGGUCUCUCAGGUGUCCGGCGAGUACGGGAUAGCUCGCGUGUUCUCCGAGAAAGGGAGGGCCCCAGGGAAGGACUACUGCAUCCUUUUCAACUCCCAGUGGGCUCACCUGCCCCACGACCUGGGCAAAGCGUCUCUCUUGCAGCUGCAGGACCAAACCGUGUCCGUCUUGUGCGCGCCCUCUGACGUGCCGGACGGGGGCUUCGGCAACAGCAUCCCCAUGGUCAUGCGAGGGAACUGCACGUUCUACGAGAAAGUCCGCCUGGCCCAGAUCAAUGGCGCUCGGGGGCUGCUGAUUGUCAGCCGGGAGAAGCUGGUUCCCCCAGCUGGUAACCGGAGCCAGUAUGAGGAGAUCGACAUUCCCGUGGCUCUCCUGAGCUACUCGGACAUGCUGGACAUUGGCAGGAGCUUUGGCCCAUCUGUCAAAGUGGCGCUGUACGCCCCUAAUGAGCCGGUCUUGGACUACAACAUGGUGAUCAUCUUUCUGAUGGCCGUGGGCACGGUGGCCCUGGGGGGCUACUGGGCUGGUAGCAGAGAUGUGAAAAAGCGAUACAUGAAGCACAAGCGGGAUGACGGAGGGGAGAAGCAUGAGGACGAGACGGUCGACGUCACCCCCAUCAUGAUCUGCGUCUUCGUGGUCAUGUGUUGUUCGAUGCUCGUCCUCCUCUAUUACUUCUACGAUCAGCUUGUGUACGCCAUCAUUGGUAUCUUUUGCUUGGCGGCCUCCAUCGGCCUCUACAGCUGCCUCUCCCCCUUUGUCCGGAGGCUCCCCAUUGGCAAAUGCAGGGUCCCAGAUAACAACCUGCCCUACUUCCAUAAGCGCCCCCAGGUCCGGAUGCUGCUCCUGGCAGUCUUCUGCGUGGCUGUCAGCCUGGUCUGGGGGGUUUUCCGGAAUGAGGACCAGUGGGCUUGGAUCCUCCAGGAUGCCCUGGGCAUCGCCUUCUGCCUUUACAUGCUGAAAACCAUCCGCCUGCCCACUUUCAAGGGCUGCACGUUGCUCCUCCUCGUCCUCUUCGUCUACGACGUCUUCUUCGUUUUCGUGACCCCGUACCUGACCAAGACGGGGGAGAGUAUCAUGGUGGAGGUGGCAGCUGGGCCCACCGACUCCGCCACGCAUGAAAAGCUGCCGAUGGUGCUGAAGGUCCCCCGGCUGAACUUCUCGCCCCUGGCGCUCUGCGACCGGCCGUUCUCGCUCUUGGGCUUCGGGGACAUCCUGGUGCCAGGCCUCCUGGUUGCUUAUUGCCACCGGUUCGACAUCCAGGUCCAGUCUUCCCGGGUGUACUUUGUCACCUGCACGAUCGCUUACGGCCUCGGCCUCCUGGUGACCUUUGUGGCCCUGGCCCUGAUGCAGAAGGGCCAGCCGGCCCUGCUCUACCUCGUCCCCUGCACGCUGCUGGCCAGCUUCGUGGUGGCCCUCUGGCGCAAGGAGCUGGCCAUGUUCUGGACCGGCAGUGGCUUUGCGAAAGACCUGCCUCACCCUCCUCUCGUCAUUUCCCCUGUCAACUGCCCGGCCCCUCCAAAAGAAGCCGAUUCCUUGGCUUCCCGGGCAGGCGCCAAGAACGCUGCCGUGGCCCCGCCGUCCCCCACCGAGGAGCCGCCUGAGGCCCUGCUCGAUGCUGGGGAGCGUCCGGUCCCCUUCUCGGAGACGCUGGAGGAGGAAGAGGAGGACCCAGAGGAGGACGUGGCUGACCCCCACGAGCCGCCCUCGGGCCCCGAGGGUCCCUCCAGGCCGCCUACGGAAGAGCCGGCCCCUCCGGAGGAUGUGGAGGCAGCCGGAAGGAAGAGCCCUCCGGCCGUGGCCCCCAGCCUGACGGACUAAGAGCCCCUCUGCCCCCUCCGACCCUUCUUCGCCUCCAUCCCUUCCCCACCUCAGCUCCCUUCCUGCCCCUUUCUCUCCCCAUCAGAGGAAUGAAGGACUCAUUGGCUCGCCACUGCGUUCCACCCCCCCGAGGGCCGUGUCCCCCAUGUCCCCCUUUGCCGC